AUGAGUUUUUUGCCACCGUGUUUGAAUAACUCGGCCGGCAAUCCACCGGCCUCCGCCGCCUUUGUAUUCUUCGGUCGGGAGGACGGGGCUAUCUCCCAUGAGGAGUGGAAGAGAGUAGCGGCGGCUAUCUCUUCGGUCUUCCUCAAGGUGGUCAAGGAAAACCCGGGGCCACCUCCAAAAUGUGUCAGUGCCGGUUCGCACCAUGGGCUGCACAAGCUUACUGGGGGUGCCGAUGAAAGAUCGGCCAUCUUAUAUAAGAAGGCGGUGUCUCUGGUGGGGGAGGUUUGGAAGGGGGCCAGACUGGAGGCCGUGGACAAAGAGGAUCUUCCCCUUCGCCCUAGGGCUCGCGUCUGGCUGCCAGCUGAACCAUCCACUGCGAAAGAGAUCGAGGAAAUCCUCAGAUACUGCAACCCCUCACUCCCCGCGCAUGACUGGAGGGUCAUAAGGCUGGAGAGAACCGAUAAACCAUAUCGGCAGGCGCUGAUAAUGCUUAACGCAGAGUCUAUCGGUCCUCUCAGCAAAACCAAGGGAGCCAUCAGCUAUGGGUUCGAAAUGGUGGUACUUAAGGUACUCCCAACGGAUGCCAGGGCUGAUGGCACUCAAGCUGCAGGUGCGGGGGAGAAGGAGGAAGGCGUUAGCGAUGGUCAAAUGACCUUGGAAAACGACCCAAACCUCUCGGACGUGGCGAGCUCUGGAGGCGGAUCGUCGAUGGGCGACUCCGUUUUCAGCCUCGAACAAUUGUUCGAGGAGGUGAGGGUCGAUCAGGACUUUAGCGCUGAACUAGCGCUACUAGAGGAGAGUCUGAAGGAUGAAAUUCCUCCAGAUUAA